AUGGAGACGCCAGGCGCGUCUGCCAACGCGACUUCCUUCUUGCCGUCGCCAGCAGACUUGCUCAUGGCAUUACCGCGCCUCUUCUCCAAGGCCAGUUCUCUCGGCGACAUGAUGCGCUCGGGUGGAAGCGUUAUCGCGGAACCUACAGCCAACAUGACAAACAGCACCAUGACGACUACAGGCUCGGGAUUUGUGCAGGAAUCCAUCGCUGCAGCGGCUUCUGCGAUUUCGACCGAGGGCGAUAUGACCGUGUGGCAAGCUUUGAGGAACGUAGCCGCCUGGUUCAGCUACAUUACUUCCAAAUGGGCCGUCGCAACAUUCGCCCUGGCAAUCGUGCUGAAUAGAACCCACUUCUACGCCAACAGCCGCGUUCCACUUUCCUUCGACCGCCUCUACCUUCGUUUCGCCCUCUACAUCAUGCCCUUGAUCCUCUUCCUCUAUCAGACGCAGAACACUCUACGGGCGAUACGCUGUCAGACCUCCCCGGAUUGGUCAGAGAUGCAGUACGGAGCGGAUGGUAGGCAGCUGGACACAGACUUCGGCGGCGAAGGCGGCUGUCUAUGGCAGGUCACGUCAAAGAUACUCUUCUGGGAGACUACAGAGAGCUCAUGUCGAGCUGCGAAUAUGUUGCCCAUCGGCCCGGCGACCACGCGGCCUUCUGGAUCGCUAUCGCUUCUAUGGCCCAUGUUCGUGACACUUGGAUUUGGCCAGUUCGUUGAUACCUUGGCCUGCGCUCUACAAGGAAGACGCCCGAUUCAGGAAGUCGGAAUGACCAUCUUCGAACAUUCGCUCGCAUUUGCAGAGGCUGAGGCUGUCGUUACGAAGCCGUUAGCGGUCGAUUCCGUUCGCUUCUUCAAACCGAAGUCUGUCUUCACUCCAGAUGGCACAUCCUUCACGAUUCCUAGGUCGAAGCUCUCCAAGAUCGCCAAUGUACCACCGGAAGUCCUGUUGAUUUCUCUCAUCUCUAGUUUCAGCCACUUCAUGAGCAACUUGUUAGCAAUCGCCGGAGUGCGCUCUAGAUGGCGACUCGUCACGACAACAAUCUGCGGACUUGCCUACAUGUCAGCUUUCGCAUGGAGCUGUGUUCGUCUGGCAACCAUGGUCACUGAUCCAGACCACUAUGUGGGGAUCUUGAGAUUUCCUACUGUAUGCAUCAUUGGAUUCAUCCCGCACUUGCUGAUACUUGUGGGCAUCGCGAUAUGCGCACUAAUCUACCUGCUGGCCUUCAUCAUCACCGUACUAUCUCCACCUGCAGGACACGCCAACAACUUGUCUCUGCGAGAGAGAUUUGCAUCCGCUUACGGCAAUCUCCAUGCCAACAUUCAUCUGUCCUCGAUAACGCCUUUGACUAUUAAUUGGCACGAAGACUUCUAUACAACUAUACUCAAGGUAGGCUACGUCAUUUUGACAUCCGCCAGUGAAGCCGUGUUUCUCAACGAAGGAACUAAGGUCAAUGUGCACCCAAUGACCUGGCUCGAAAAGCAGAGACUGCAGGAACUGCUCGCUCGGCGAAGAAGAACACGAGAGAUGAUCACCGACAUCCCGUCCGAGCUCAGGAACGACACAUUCGCGCAAGGCAUCGAGGUAGUUGACGAACUCAACGAUGUCAGAACGGAUACAUCACUGUCAGGUUAUGCAAAAGAACGUAAAACGCGAGGAGUACAGGCAUCCACUGAACCAGCCAUUGGACAGAAUGAUCCUGCGAUUCAACAACGUAGUCGCUACUUGCAGACCUAUCAGUUCUUCUUCCGUAUAUCAAAGUUGAUUAUACUUAGUCUCGCAAGGAUCACGGACUGGGCGUUGACUAAAAUUUCGAUCAGCUAUCGACCAAGAUGGCUACAACGCGCUGUUGGGUUCCACGCUGAUCACGCUGAAAAGAUGUAUGCUCCGCGACACCCAGAUCAAGCGUUGGCAAGAGAGUCAUGGCUUACCACAGAUGAUCGGUCUCGAAUUCGCCAGGACCGGAAUUUUGACGUUGAAGUCUUUGCGAAGGAGAGGCUCCGACAGAGUGGGUUCUAUUCGGGGCCCAAUGGGGAAGAUUCUGAAGAAAGUCUUGACGACUACCUGUAUUCCUGGUGGCGCAACGGUAGUCUAUGGAAUGACGUUGACAACACCAGAGACUAUGUUGACUCGCAAGAUGAUGACACGACUAGUGUAGUGUCAUUUGCUACCACAACAGACAACGAUGAGUGGUCAGACAUGGACGACGGUCAAAGAACACCUACGCGUGCAACAUACCAGAGAAGUCGGGAAGCAACACCCAUCCCUGACGACGCAAUGGACUUUUCGAGACUCUCUCAACUCCUGGAUCCGAAAUCUAGUGAGGAUCGUGAAGAAGCCAGGCUGCUGUCUCGCCACCUCCAGAGCUCCAACAUCAUGACUCGCUCGCAGUACCGCAAAGCUCUUGAGCGCGAAGAGGCGAAGAUCCUCACAACAUCACGCUAUAAGAUGAGCGGCGGCGUCAACAUGUCGCCCGAAGAAGAAGAGCAACUUCUGGAAGAUCUUAUUCUCAGUCGUCGGAGCGCAACCGCCCCACAAGGCGCAAGUACAGCUGGAAGCUGGGACUCAGGUGCAGAAGAUGUCGCCAAGGACAGUACUGGUGUGGCCAUGUGGGUGCUUGAGCCUGUGCGACGACUGUCGGGUGGGGUUGGCUUCGAAGAACUAUACGGCGUGUGUGUGUUGCAGGACUAA